AUGUCGCUCGUCGAAAAGUGUGUCGGAAUUGACCCGAACGUUCGAAAACCGCUUGAGAUUGGAUUGAUUUGGUGAGUGAGUGAGUACGGUAAGAUUAGUGUAGGUACAACAAUAAAUUUGCGAACACUGAGAUUACGGUAGACUGAAUUACUGUGGGCUGCCUUUUUUUUUUGAAACGCCUCAAAUGGUACUUUUUUCCAGGGAAGGCAACUAUUGGGACGAUCAGGACGUGCAUGAUUGCUGCGAACUCGACUGGGAAACCUGCGAAAUUUUGGUUCGAAAAAUCGCAAAAGCCCUUCUUCAGACCUAUUCCCCCGUCGAUUUUUCCACUCGAGACCCGGCGGAAAAGGAGAGCGUAUUGAUUUUUCUCCCUAAAAUUAUGCAAUUGCCGCUCACGAUUUUGGCCACGUAUCGAGCUGGAUUGGUGGCGAUCAUUCUGGUGAAUAUUGUAGCUUUCUGAAAAAUUGCCGACUCGAACACUUGCUUUUUCUACAUUUCCCACACGAUUCCCAUCAUUUUAAGCCAAAGUUUUGAUUUUUCAACAAAAAAACUUCGUUGCAGGACCCAUUGACCACAAAAACCGAAAUUCUGGAGGAAGUGCUCCUGGCCGAGCAGCCGAAACUCGUGAUUACGGUCGACGCGUUCUGGCAAGCCCAGGAAUUGAUCCAAGUGAAAAAUAGAGUAGAGGUGUGCUGAUUACUGUAGCCGGGUUACUGUACUUUUUUUUCGUUUCAGGACCUUCGAGGAAUGGAGGACACUCAAUUGUUGGUGAUUCGCCACGUGGCGCCCAAUAGCGGAGUGCCGCCGCCGCGAAAACAUUUUCCGGCGCGGAGACCCUCGUAUAAGUGCAGUCUGGAUUUGAGAAACGGAAAAGAUUUGGAGUGGAGUACGGUAAUGUCGGAGACGCAAAUCGAUGAUAGUGGUCGGCCGGAGUUCGAGUGGAAAAAGCAGGAUGUCGUCGUGAAAUUUUACAAUGAAAAUGAAGGGUUAGUCGUUUUUAUCAGUUCCAAAGCGUCCACUAUUUUGAGUGUCCAGACAGCAGUUGGUUGCGAAACGUCCUCUUCUAGCUGCAAAGCAGAAAACCCCUAGAUUUCUUCGAGUUUCUCAAAAGUUUGGUUGCCAGUCCCCUACUUUUCCCCUCUUUUUCUCUGCAUUCUCUCACUGCUCCACACUAUUUCUCCCCGCUUUUUUUGUGCGAACAAACAGUGUGGACCACACACGACGCAAAAAAAAAUGCGAACGAACAAAUAGCGAGCGUCGUCGCGUUUUUUUUCCAGAAGAUGCACAUCCGUGAGCAAGAGCCAACUGUUGAGCAGCAUGGAAAUCAAGCGAAUGGGUCUCGACGCGAAAAUGCGAGAAACGGACGGAAGUGUGGAGAAUUUGAUGGUUUUGGAUGCGCCGAACGAUUUGGAGACACUCGUCCAAUUUCUCGUUCCGUGGUAUUUGGGGAAGGCGAUGACGUUGGUGGGUGUCUUAGAAAAUGUAUCCAAGCCCUUUUCGUAUGACAUGCCACCAGUGUUGAGCGGAAUUCCGUCUUCCGUCUUCCGUCUUCCGUAGCUUUUUUUGUUCCGUCUUCCGGAAUUUUUUCUUCUUACCGUAAAAGAGUAAUAGCUUUUCAGAAGCCAUUUACUAGUCCCGAAGAACGCGAAUUUCCACGGGCAGUGACCCAGAUCCAAAAUUUUUGUUGCUUUAGUUAUUUUUGUCAAAAAAAAAACCGGAGAAAAAGGUUCUGCAUUGACGAUUUUUUUUGUUCCGUCUUCCGUCUUCCGUCUGCCGUCUUCCGGGAAAAAAAUUUUCUUCCGUCUUCCGGAUUUCAAAAUUCCAUUUCCGCUCAACUCUGCAUGCCACGUGGCACUCUCCUACCGAUGUCGGAGUUCCGCUCAAUUCCGCUGCGGGCGGUGGCCGUAUAAUUUUGCAACGUCACUGUGGAUAAAGUCUAUGCACACCUUUUAUAGAUAAACAUGUUUAUGGAUAAACUUUCAGUACGAAGGACCGCUCGACUAUCCGGAUUCGUCUCGAUUGUCUCAAAUAAUUGCGAAACACUCGGUAAAGUCUAUUAUGCCGCGUCCAAUGUCUCGGGAAAAACCGUAAAAACCGCAGGUUUUUCUGUCCAAAGUCGGCCGAAAUUUGUGUGAAAAACGGGGGUGCGCACAGCUCAAUGAGUGUAACCGUACCCCUAAAACUACGGUAUUUUUUGAAAAUUUGCGCAAGAAAUUUGAAUAUUUUCAAAUAACCUCAAGAAAUUAACAAAUUUUCAAAAAAUACCGUAGUUUUAGGGGUACGGUUACACUCAUUGAGCUGUGCACACCCCCGUUUUUCACGCAAAUUUCGACCGACUUUGGACAGAAAAAUCUGCGGUUUUUACGGUUUUUCCGAGACAUUGGACGCGGCAUUAUAUACAACCCUUUUUUUUUGGAUAACUUUUUCAUAUUUUCAGAUAAACGUGCUGCUCGGAUCCCGCUCCAACUACCGUAUUCCCAAUCCGGAAUAUCUAAAGUUCUUCGCCACGCCCACUCUGAAAUUCGUCGAUUUUCCCACCCAUUUUCCGCAUUUUUCCGAUUAA